ACAGCCUUUAAGCUGGUAUUAUUUAAACCGUAUGAUGGAGAAGUUAACUGGUCGAGAACGACUUUGACACAUGGACACCAUGUUUCGGUGAUUCCGCACACGCUAACAGCUAAUGCAAUCCUGAGCGAUUGACAUAUGCAAGGCUGUAGCAAGACCGAGACAUGUCAUGCAGGCCGAAGACCCAAGAACCGAACGUUCGGGUUUGACAGCUACAAAAGCGGAGUGCCCAUGCAGUUCCUAUACACAACGUUUUAUGAAAUCACCCAAGAGCUUUUGGCAGUUGCAAAGCUUAGUAGCUUUGUGGUAACAAGAACGUUGGUGAUAACGGACAGAUCCGAGGCUUGGAACGUUUACGGCAGGUCUGGAGUAAGCAGGCGGGGGUGUACAGUAAGCCGCAGUCACCUCUCCAAUCAUGCCCUUGUCAAUGAAUGUACCGUGUACAGGGAAAACGUCAUCGUUUUGUGACCACCAUCUCUU